AUGGAUAGAUUCUGUUUUCGUUUAACGCGCACCGUGACAAGCAGUGACUCUCUCAUCCACACUUCUAUCACAUAUCUUUCUCGUUGUUUUAUGAAAUUGUCAAACAAAGUGAUUUCUUUAUUCCACAUAUCGUCCAUUUCGGCUGAUAAAUUUUUCAGCCUUCUUUCGAUGUAUUUAGUAUCUAGUCUAGCGAGGUGCGCCACUCCUACUUUCGUAAAAAACGCCCUCCGAUCACCCCCCUUCUCCUCCUCCUCUCUGCCCUCACAACCCCCUCCCAUCGCCACCCACCCGCUGCCUUCGUCUCUUGCAUCUGCCGCUGCUGCAUCUCCUCCUGCAACUCUGGACGUGGCUGACACCGACUUCUUCCUGUCUGUCUGUCUGCCUGCCUGCCUGCCUGCCUGCCUGCCUGCCUGCCUUUCUUUCUUUCUUUCUUUCUUUCUUUCUUUCUUUCUUUCUUUCUUUCUUUCAUUCCCGAUUCCUUCUUUCUUUGAUGUUUUACUCUUUUCUUUCUUACUCGUACUUCUUCAUUCUUCUCAUUUCUCUUCCUUUCCUUCCACCCUUCUUCCCUACUUCUCUCUCCUUCUUUUUAUUCUUCUCUCUUCUCCCCGCUUUAUACUAAUCUUUCUUUCCUUCUUUAACAAUCGAUUCCUUUUUGUUCCCUACUUUCUCAAUCCUUCUCUUUACUUUUCAUUACCUUUUAUUCUUUCAGACUCUCUCACCUUAAUUCUUUACCGUUAUUCUUGCCUCUAUACACUCUCUCUUCUUCGUAUUUCUACUUUCUCUUUCCUUCUUCUUUUUGCCAUUCUUUCAUUUCCCUUACUUUCCCACUCCUUCAUAUACAUCUAUUUUUUCUCUUUUCAAUUCUCUUCCCUUCUUCUUCUUCUUCCUCUCUUUUCUUCUACUUUCUUACUCCCUUUUUAUUCCUCUAAUUUGUUCUCUAAUUCCCCCCAUUACUUUUUUCUACUCUCUAUUUUCUCUCUCCUUCAUCUUUUUCCUCUACUUUCCUUUUCCUUCUUCUUCUUCUUCUUCUUCUUCUUCUUCUUCUUCUUCUUUUCCUUCUCUUUUCUUCCAUUUCUUUUCUCUUUUUCCCCCAAUUUAUCUAUCUUUCUUUUUCUUUUGAUUCACUUUACUUUAUUUGCUUUCUUUCUCUCUCUUCUACUUUUUAUUCCCUUUUCUUUCUCUGCUUUAUCGCUUCUUCCUUUUCAAUUCUCCUUUGUCAACCUGCUUUCAAUUUCCCUCUCUCCCCCCCCAAUUCUUUCUCUUUCCUUCUAA